CGGCGCACGGUCCAUGUCCGUUAACCUGGAGCGCGAGCGCAGCCCAACGGUGAAACUAAUAUCCCCGAGGGGAAGGGAGAGAAAAACGAAAUAAGUGCAAACUCAAGCUGAUGCCAAGGUGUGAAUCCUGACUGGGAGCGUGAUCCUUCUGCAAAUUAUAAAUAUAUGCACGCUCAUGCACAGAGUACAAGUGGCUGGAGAAUUCAAAGUGCGUUCCUGGGUUGCAGUGAAGGGCCAGCUCCAUGCAAAAUGCCUUGGUGUUUUGCAGCUUCUUUCUGACAGAUUGCAGCCGCUCACCUGGUGCUGAGAGGCUGACACGGGACAUUGACCCUGGAGGGGGCAGGGGCGGUGCUGCUGACGCCCCGAGAGCUGUAGCUUUCCUUACUUUUCCAUGAAGCCAGCAACUUUUGCGCCUGGGGCUCGGCAAACAUGAGUGAAGAGCGGUCGAGUUCCUCGGGCUGUGCCGGGGGCAGAGGGCGAGAGCGGGAGAAACUUCCAGUCAUCGUGACGGCGUCGCCAAGCUCCGAGCCGCCCGCGGCAGCAUUCGCGGGAUCUGAAAGAGCACCCAAAGUCCAAUUUCCAACUUUUUGCAGCUUUAUCUCCACCAUCAACCAGAAGCAGGAAACUAUUGCUGGCAUCAGUUCUCUCUCAAAACCUGCCUUGCCUAAUGCCAAACAUGUGCGAGACCUGCCACCCGUUAAUCCAGGCGUACGUCAAAAACAACGCAUCUCAAUAGAAAUUUUGCCUCCUGAAAUGAAAGCGCCCAUUCCUCCUGAACCUGCAGUUCCUCUUCGGACCAAAACUGUGGAGGAAUUUCUAAAAGAUGUAGAAAACGCCAAGAUUUCAGGAGAUUGGACAAUUGUACAUGAUUUUUAUUCAACAGCAUUUGAUUCUUUCCAGCAAAUUAAUGCAGCUUUCAAGCGACGUGCUAGUGCACCUUUCAACACAAUAGAUGAUCCAGGCAUUAAUGUUAAAUUAACAAACAGUGUCUAUGACACCUUACUGAACACACCUCAAGACAUCCAGAAAACAGUUCUGAAAGGCAUUAUUAAUAGUCUACUGAAGGAAUGGAAAGGACCACGGACAAAAGAUGAUCUGCGAGCUUAUUUUUUACUUGUGCAGAACCCUCAGUUUACGAAUACAUCAACAUACGUCAUCUAUGCUCAUUUAUUACGACAGACCGCCACCUUGUCUGAAGCGGACCAUCACUUUCUCGUCCACUGGUUUCAAAAAUUGCCCUUAAGGAGAUUUAAGCAAUUGGUAGAGUCAUUACUGCAGUUCGUAUCUUUACGUCUGUUUCCGGCAAAACCAGAUGACCUGCCACCAAUGGCAAAGUGUACUUGGUGGAUUCCUUCAGCAACAAGAGUCUUGGCUUUGCUCAAUGCAGCGAACAGUCUGGCAAAUCCUCCAAUUAUUCCUUUCACUGAUUUCUAUAACUCUACAUUGGAUCAUAUUGACCUCAUGGAGGAGUAUCGUAUCUGGCAGUGUUAUGGAAAUUCUCAUAGGUUUUCCUUCUGCCAGUUUCCUUUCAUUCUCUCCUUAACAGCGAAGAAAAUUAUUAUUCAGAGAGACUCUGAACAGCAGAUGAUUACAGUAGCUAGGCAAAGCUUGGUUGAUAAAGUUUCUCGUCGACAGAAGCCAGACAUGAACAUGCUUUUCCUAAAUGUUAAAGUGAGACGCGUGCAUCUGGUUAAUGAUUCACUGGAUGAGUUAACAAGGAAACAGGCAGAUUUAAAAAAGAAGUUGAAAGUCACCUUUGUUGGAGAAGCUGGAUUAGAUAUGGGCGGUCUCACCAAAGAGUGGUUUCUUCUGCUCAUUCGUCAGAUCUUCCAACCUGAUUAUGGAAUGUUUACAUAUCAAUGGGAUUCACGGUUUUAUUGGUUCAGUACCCUUAAAUGUGAAAGCUACUCUGAAUUUCGAUUAGUCGGAGCUUUGAUGGGUCUGGCUGUGUAUAAUAGUAUCACCCUGGACGUUCAGUUUCCACCCUGCUGCUAUAAGAAGCUGCUGAGUCCUCCUGUUGUUCCAUCCCAUCAGAAUGCUACUGUUGGUGUAGCAUCACUUACGCUUGAUGACCUGCGCCAACUUAUGCCAGACUUGGCUCAUGGACUUACAGCACUUAUAAAUUAUAAAGGCAAUAUUGAAGACGACUUUUGUUCCACAUUUCAAAUAUUUCAGGAAGAAUUUGGGAUCAUAAAAUCACACAACCUCAAACCAGGUGGUGACAAAAUCCCAGUAACCAAUCAGAACAGACAAGAAUAUGUGCAGCUGUAUAUUGAUUUUCUUCUCAACAAGUCCAUAUAUAAACAGUUUGCAGCAUUUUAUUAUGGGUUUCAUAGUGUAUGUGCCUCCAAUGCUUUAAUGCUACUGCUCCCAGAAGAAGUGGAAAUUCUUGUGUGUGGGAGCCCUGAGCUGGACAUUUAUGCACUGCAGAAGAUUACACAGUAUGAAGGUUAUUCCAAGAUGGACCCCACGAUACGGUACUUCUGGGAUGUGGUUUUAGGAUUCAGUCUUGAGUUCCAGAAACAACUUCUGCAUUUUACUACAGGAAGUGAUAGAGUUCCAGUUGGUGGACUCGCUGAUCUUAGUUUUAAAAUUACGAAGAUUGAUGUGCCCACUGAUUGGUUACCAGUUGCCCACACAUGUUUCAAUCAACUCUGCCUGCCCCCGUACAAGAAUAAGAAAGAACUUAAACAGAAGUUAACAAUUGCUAUUUCAAAUGCAGAGGGGUUUGGUCUGGAAUAAUAAGAAAACAACUCUACCACAACAUCUGCAUAGAGCUUUCAAUGUAGAAAAAUACGAUAAGAUCAGUGCAAUAUAUUUGCAGGAAAUGGUGUUUAUUUUCAAUGCACCUACAUUUUAAGGUUGUUCUAUUUAGUUUAGCUUUUUCCAGGCAAACUUCCCUUUUAUGGGUGAGCUGUAGAGAUCAAAACAAAAAGUGAUUACGUGCUGUGGGAUACUGUGAUGUUGAGGUUGGUUGGCUUGCCAGGCUGGUUUGUUGUUCCGCAGACAUUCUGUUACCAUGCUUGGUAACAUCCUCAGUGCAGCCUCUGAUGAAGCGUUAGUGUGUUCUCCUGCCUGGCUUUUACACUCUGGAGUCCGAUUCAGAUGAGUGAGUAUUAGUCAUAUCUUUCUGUAGCCAGUUGGUGUUCACGUACUCUUGUUGUUUGCUUCCUGUUUGUCCAAAGUAGUGUUUCACUCAACUCAAUCCACAUGGACAAGGAGAACCCCUACUUCGACUGGGACAUCACCAAGAUCCCGGGACGGACUAGGCAGAGACAAGCACAAGAACUCCUGGAAACGUGGCACUCCACAAAGCAGGCUAUUAAUAAAUAUAUUGAACUUGACCCCAUAUACAUUCCACUGUGGAGGAAACCCGGAAGUGAGGCAAUCCAUUGUAACGGACCCCAGAGUUUAAAAGCCAGGCCAGAAAACAGAUGUUUUAUUAGGGGCGGCAGUGUGGAUGUUACCAAGCUUGGUAAUGAAACAUCUGCAGAACAACAAACCAGCUUGGCGAGCCAACCAACCUCAACACCCACAACCAGAGCUACAAAUCUACUCCAAAACCUUAGAUACUGUGAUGUUUUGUAAUGUACGUUACCCUUGUUUUACAAAACUAAUGGCAAUUAAUAUUCAUUAGAAACUGUGAUUGUGUUCAGUUUUAAAUUUGUAUUAGAAUGGGCUUUGAGUGAUGAGAGAUCUCACCUCACGUCUUAUAGCUCCAGAUUUGUUGCAAACUACUUCUCAGAAUUGUAAGAUUUGUUUUUGAGAAUGUCCUAAAUUGGAAUUGUGAUCCAUUGAUCAUAGCAGCUAAACCAUUAAAUAAACAAAAUAGUGGUCCUGAACUCUGGGUGAGCUAAGGUAGUAAAAUCACCUUCUGAAUCUGGACAACAGUGCUAUGGAUUCAACAUCUUAGAGUUUUCUAGCCUUUUAAAACCUAGAACAGCAGCAAUGAGAUAAUGUAAGUGAGUUUCAGAAUCCUGGAGCUGAAUUUUCCCAGCCUUGUGGAAGUAGGUUUGGAAGGUGUGGGAGGGUAAUGGGGCAACUAAUGGUGACUGAAACUGUUUGCCUCAGGAUAAAUUGUCAGAGACUUACAGCCAGGGGCAUCAUGGAGCUGGGCAGGCAGUGUAGCCAAUUAAAACCCCAAUUGAGGGCCCUUUUGUAUUUGACUUACAACUUUCCUGGCAUUUCACCAGCACCCUGUUUGUGUUGGGAUGCUUACUAUGCUACGUAGGUGACCUCCGAAUGAGAAGUCAUGCUGACUGAUGUCCCUACACCCUCACUCAUUCACAAUAUGAAGCAAAAUCUAUAAAUGCAGCAUUCAUUCUGCAAAGCCUAAGUGCACAGCAAGACUAUUGAUUGGUAAAGAAACAAACACCAAGUAAACUGCCAAUAGCAUGUUCGUUAUCCUUUAAGAUUUUAAGCGCUGAAUGUUGCGCUACAUUAUCUGUCCUGUGAACCAUUUCUGCUUCCCUUUGCAGGAAUGACUUGAGACACAAGUAAAACUGGUCUUGGUCUCAGCAGCAACAUAACCUCAUUCCCACAAAGCAAGCCUACAAGGAGGUAGCGAAAAGCCAACGUCAUGUAUAGGUCAGGCAGCACUUGUGGAGAAAUAAAUGGUUAGUGGGCAAUGAUCAUUGGGAUCCCAAAGUCCAGCUCAAGUCAGGGGCAAGUAAACAGAAGUGGGCUGUGGCAGCAUUUUGUUUGCCAUCUUACAAGAGACAGCCAGUUAAGAAGCAGCCUCUUGGUUAAGGAUGGAGGGGGAACCAGGGAAUUAUCAUCCCCAAGAGGAAGGCCUGCAGCAAUCUCUGGCCGGAGAUGGGUAAGUUUAGCAUGCUUGCCUUCACUGCUGAGACCUUCGAGUAUUGGAGUUGCAACAUCAGGUUGUCCAGGACAUUGGUGAGGCCUUUUCAGGGGUACUGUGUCCAAUUAUAGGAAAGAUAUUAUUAAGUUAGAGAAGGUUUGGAAGAGAUUUAACAAGAUAUUGCUGGAAAUGGAGGGUUUGAGUCAUACAGGUGGAUUUGGCUGGGACUGGAGCAUAGGAGGUUGAGAGCUGACUUUAUAGAAGUUUAUAAAAUCAUGAGGAAUAUAGUUAAGGUGAAUGCUUUUUCCCUAGGAUGGAGGAAUUUCAAGACUAACAGGUAUGUUUUUAAGGUGAGCAGAAAGAGACUUGAAAAAGUUAUGAGGGGCAAUUCCCCCCCCCACCCCCCCGAGGGUGGUUCACAUGUGGAAUGAACUUCCUGAGGAAGUGGUGGAUGCAGGCACAGUUACAGCGCUUAGAAGACAUUUAGAUGAGUACAUGAAUAGGGAAAGAUAUGAGCCAGGAGCAAGCAGGUAGGACAGAUUUAGUUUGGGAUUAUGUUUGGCAUAGACUGGUUGGACCAAAGGGUCUGUUUCCAUGCUAUAUGACUCUGUGAACGUAAGGGCACCCCUGAGAUAAAGUGCAAAAAAAAAAGUAUUGCCAUAACUGCCAGGCCAUCGAUUAUAGAUGGGUAAUGUAAAGGAGGAUUCCAGCAGUGACACCAUGCAGGGAAUUAAUUGAGCUGAGCUGGCUACCUCUUGCUACCAGGCAGGAAGCUGGUACCAGUCAGACCCACCUCUUGUAAAAUCAUUUAGUGUUUUCGGGGACCUGCCCUGAUACUGAUUCUCUUAAAUUUCCUCUUGGUACUGCUUCCAAACAUGCCUCACUACUGGUGGAAAAAUUCAGCCCACUGUUUCAUCUGUGUUCAAGGAGGGGAAUUGCAGAUCUUUUUAUGGAAUAGACUUGUGCACUACUGACAGCAAGUUAAUGACAUUCUUGUCCAUAACCCCUUUAUUACUCAGUAAUGCGGUGCUGCAAUUUUCAGCUAUUAGUCCUUCUCAUGUACUUUACAAUUGCUUUGAAAAGGGACGUAAUUUUGUUGGCAUAUCAUUGAUGUUUCAUUCAUGUGAAAAAAACAUUCAUAAUACAUCACUGGUGCUCCAUUCUGAUAUAUCUAGAUUUCUGGCUGCUGACCCAUGUUGCAAAAUUCGAUAAGCUAUUAAUUAGAUAAUGUUGAUUUGAUUAGUUACUGCUGUGAUUUUGGAUUUAAUAAGACAGUGAUGAAGCAGCUAAUCUAGAGUUGUUCCUAUCUAAAUGUUAAAAUUGAAAUUGAUCAGUGUGAUGGCAAUAGUGUUAAGGGUCACAUGACCAGCUCAGACUAUAGUUGAUUUUUAUUUUAAAUGGCAACACCCCGGGGGUGGUGGGGGGGUGGGGUGUGCUGGUUGUGGUUAAAUAGACUUUUUUUGUUACUGUUAUUUCUGGGAUUGAGCUAACUGUUCUUUCUGAUGGAGGCGUUAGUUUUCAUCAAAAUGGGGCAGCUAGCUGAAGGUAAUGACAAUUUUUAGUUUGGAGUAGUCCUGUAGAGUACAGAGCAAACCUUCACCACGGAGGACUUAUUUUCCCUAUAUUUCACUUACGUUACAUAAGAUUUUUAACUGGAAAAUUUUAUAAAAUUUUCUAAAUGGAAGAUUUAUAUUAAGAAUCUAAUGAAAUUGAAUUUUUUUUUAGCAAAACGCUUGUUAACUUUAUAUCCAACUCAUGGUUGACGAAUUAAAUAUGAAAGUUUCUCUAUCUGGAAAUUGGUAAACUACGUGUAUUGCUGAAAGCAUUUACUAUUGCAUUUCCUACUAGAUGUACAGUAUACAUAAUGCACUCCAGAUGAAAAUGUUGUUUGAGAGUAAUAUAUACAUAAUACUGCAUCAUUAUUGCUUCUCGGACCUUAAAUGGUUAAGUUUUGUUUCAUAUCAUUUUUUCAUAGUGGAAACCCUUUUCAGCCCAUUGUGUUUCAUGCCAUUUCCAGCUCUACAAUAUGAUUCCAUUUUCCUGCUAUUUCCCUGCAUCUUAUUUUUUCCCCCACUGUUGGCUUAAAUGUAAAUGGUCCAGCUUCCAUGAUUAUUCAGCUAUUAUGUUCCACAUCAAAACGAUUUUACAUAAAAAAAUUGCUGACCUUAUUCUUCUUGCUUUCCAUGCUAAUCAUGAUUUAUGCCUCCAAAUUCACAAACGAGUGGAAAUGUUUCUUCUUUGGCUAUGAUCUCAAAUGCUUCCAAAAUUUUAUGAUGUGGAGGUGUUGGUGUUGGAAUGGGGUGGAUAAGGUUAGAAAUGACAUGACACCAGGUUAUAGUCCAACAGGUUUAUUUGAAAAUACAAGCUUUUGGAGCCUCGGUCCUCUUUCAAGUGUUUUAGUUUAAAAUUUUAAACACUUUUGUAGGAUCAUAUUUUCCUCAAUCUUUGGUGUUCCUGUGAUGUUGUGCUAGUUUUUCAAAUGCCUCAUUAUAGCUAACGCUGUACAUUCAUAAUAAUAUUUUAGUGAGUAUAUUUUUCCCAGUUUUUCAUGGUUCCAAUAAUAUAUCCAUAGCUCACAUCUCCAUAACGCUCAUCUCCAUGGCUCACGUCACCACCAACUGUAUAUGAUACCCCAACUAUGACCAAAACAGGACCUUAAUUAUAGGCAUCAUGUUCAGUAUCUCAAGGUAUGAAGUCUGAAGCCCAGAUUAUUUUUAAAACCACAAUGAAAAGCACAUUUUCCAUUGUGAUGAAAAUGCUGGCUAAAGUCUGGAAUCCCAAAUCUUGCCUCACACCCCAGUAUUAUUCCAGAAAGUAAAUGCAGGUGGGAUGGUCUGUAGUUUGCACAUGUGAAGUUCCCAGAAGCAGUGGCCAUUUAAAUGACAGCUGGUUCCAGGAAGUCGGAUAUUCCCUAGAGCACAGAGUGUGGAGAUCAGACCAGAUAAGAACAGAUCUGUUCUCCACACAUUUAUUCUGAAUAGCCAGGAUAUUCUGUCAAAGAGGUAAGAUGUACUUUUGUAUCUGGCUGUGGGACACCUUUUAGCAAUGCCAGUUACCCUUGAAGACAAGGCAGCCUUUGGGAGCAGUAAAGCACAUUUUUGGAAAGAUAAGACAGCUUUUGAGAUUGUGAAGAAUAAGCAUUCUUGUACAUAAAAGAUGCAUAAACAUAACGGAUGUGGGCAUCACUGGCAAUCAGUUAUUGCCCUUGAGAAAGCAUUGGUAACUUCCUUUCUUGGAUCUUAAUACUACCCUGGAGGCAGUUCUGGGAUUUUGACCCAACAACUGUGAAGGAACAGCAAAAUAGUUACAAGUUGGGAUGGUGUGUGACUUUGAGGGGGAAUUGUAGAUGGUAGUGUUGUUGUGUAUGUGUGCUUCUUGCCCUUCUAGGUGGUAAAGGUUGCAGGUUUGGAAGAUGCAGACAUAGGAGCCUUAGUGAGUCACUGCAGUGAUCUUGGAGACAGUACACACUACAGGGCACUGUGCAUUUGUGGUGAAGAGAGCAAUAUGGUGAAUGGGAAACCAAUCCAGUGAACUGCUUUAUCCAAAAAUGUUAGCAAACUACUUGAGUGGUGUUGGAGCUGCAACUGUCAAGGUAAGUGGGGAAUGUACCACAAAACUUCUGAUUUGGAGACAAUGGACAUACAUUAGGGAGACAGGAGGUUGGUAUGCAUUAAAGAAUUUCUAGUCUCAGAUUUUGUUCUUCUAGCUGCAGUAUUUAUAUCCAAACAUUUUUUUUUUUGAGAAAAUUUGUAGCUUGGGUUAUGGAUGAGAUUGUAAGCUUGCUCACUGAGCCGGUGUGUUUGUUUGCAGACCCACUUGUUAUUUAUAUGCCUCAGUUUGCUAGAGUCGUUGGCAUCACUUUCGGUUCUGUUUUAGUUCAAUGGUUUGUAUAUUGGGUCCAGUUCAAUGUGUUUUUUGAUGGAGUUCCGGUUGGAAUGCCAGGCCUUCAGGAAUUCCCUGACGUAUCUCUGUUUGGCUUGUGCUAUUACAGAUGUGUUGUCCUAGUCGAAUUUUUGUCCUCCUUUGUCCAUGUGUGUUGAGACCAGUGAGAAUCGGUUGUGUCUCUUGGUGGCUAGUUCGUGUUCGUGUAUCCUUAUUGUCAGUUUUCUUCCAGUUUGGCCUAUGUAAGGUAGUAUUUACAGCUCAGUUUCUGGUAAUAGUGACCACCAGACUGUUGAUACUGGGGGUUCAGCAAUGAUAAUACUAUUGAACAUAAAGGGGAGAUGGUUAGAUUCUCUCGCUAAAGAUGGACGUCUGGCACUUGUGUGAUACAAAUGUUAAGCCUUGAAACUGUCCAGGCCUUGCUGCAUAUGGAAACAAAUCGUAUCAGUAUGUGAGGAAUCGCAAAUGGUGCUGAAUUUUGUGCCAUCGUCAUUCCCACAUUUGAUCUUAUCAUGAAAGGAAGAUCACUGUUGAAAAGUACCUGAAAAUGGUUGCGUCUGGAUCAUUACCUGAGGAAUUUCUGCAGUGAUGUCCAAUGGACUAUGAUUAUUUGUGUAUAACAACCACAACCAAUUUCAAAGUUGUUAGGCAUGACUCCAGCAAUUGGAGAGUUUUCCUCCUGAGACCCAUUAACUCCAGUUUUGCUAGGGUUCCUUGAUGCCAUUUUCAGUUAAAUGCUGUCUUGAUGUCAAAGGUAGUCACUGUCACCUCAUCUCUAGAGUUAAGCUCUUUUAUCCAUAUUUGGGCCAGUACUGUAAAUUAGAUCAAGAGCUGACUGGCUCUGAUGAAACCAAAAAGUGAGCCUGUUUCUACUGAAUAGGUGCACUUUUGACAAAACCUUCUCUGGUAACUGGGAUAGUGAUUUGCACUACCAAAGCUGUCAACAAACAGUCCACAAAAAUAUGUGGUGUUUUAGGAAAAUGUCUUCUCGCAUUCCUGUUGACAGGAAUGAACUGUCAUGAAAUGUGUACUGCAUGACUGACUUUCCCAGACUUCACUUCCUGUCACUUUCUCAAUGGAGCACCUAUCAAGGGAACAUUUUGAUAGGAUGAACAUUUUGAAUGUUUCUUGAAGGAAUUUUAACAUAUUGAACAUUUUUGUAUCAAUAGGGUCUUUUUUUCCCCCAAAAUGACAUCAUUUAACAUAACUUUAUUUCUGUCAGUAUGCCCAUGCUGAAUAAUAGAUAGAUAAAGAGGAAAACACAAGGAGGGUGGAAAGUGGGGUGUGGAAGGGGUAGUUAUGAAUUAGCAUGGGGCUGUAAAGGGCUGUAGGGAUUAUUGGGGGCAUCGGGCAUAUGUUGAACCAUGGGAGAUGGGUUAAUGGGCAUUGGGUGUCAUGGGUUAUCCGAGACCAUGGUGGGAAAAGGAUGAUGGAUGAUUGGCACAGGAGAUAAGAGGAGCCAUAGGUUUGGCUAUAAGGACAUAAGUUGGCACUUAGGCCAUGAGGGUGUAUGGAGAACAUGCAGAGUGAAGGGAUGAGAGCAAGAUGGAAGUCAUAUGUUUUAAUCUUUAACUUUAAACUAUGAACACAGUGCUAGAACAUAAGCAUAGGUUCCUAUCUAUCCUACCUCAGAAACUAGCAGCUUUUUCCCCUUUUUGUUUGGUCACCUAGCCCGACCUUGAAUGGAAAAUGUAAAUUGAAUAUGGUCAUUUUACAGGUCACAUUUGUGGAGCAGAGAUUGUCUCCUGCUCUGCAUGCUUGAUCAAGAAUCAAAAAAUCAGGGCCUGAUUGUAGAUAGAUAAAGUCAUUACAAACUUGGAUAUUAAAGGGUUUAAAUUUUCAGAGGAAAGAUACAAUGAUAAGUUAGUAUAAGACUAGUUAACUCGAGGCUUUGGUGCCUUGUCAUAGAAAAGGCAUUUACACAAUUUCCUGUCUAGCUUCACUAGGGUUGAGGAACUGUAAUUAUGUGAAGAAACUUGAGAUAACAGGAUUAUUUUCUCUGUUGCAAAGAAAGCUAAGAGAGGGUAUUUUAUCAGAUAUAGUAUUGAGGUUUCGUUUUCAUGGAUGUAGGCUCUCCAGGCUUUUUAAAUCAAUCAACAGUGCUGUGAAAAUGUUCUUUCCCCCAUGUACAGAUGUUGAUUACUCUUUCUUAUAAUCUAUUUUACUAACUGCUUUCUCUUGGAGAAAAUAUCCAAAAUGCACUAAGCUUUUUAUUGGAUAUCCAGUUUUAGCACUGUUUCACACCCAUUUUCCUUCCAAUAUAUCUUUAAUAUGGGCUCAACACUACACCAAGAAGAGGAAUUAGCAGUAAGAAAAGACAGUUUACUUUCACUUGCCUUCAGAACAAUUUGUUUACGAGCAUGUAUAUUAACCACUUCAUUGAAGAUUUACAGCAGAUUUACCAUUAACAACUAGACUUUUCCAGUUUUUAUUCAAUUUUUCAUAUUUAAAAAUUGUGAUCCAGUCUGGACACCACCAGGUACGUCAAAUUUAAGAAAGACAGGCCACAUAACUCAUGCUGCACACAUUGAAAACAAUCUUUUUGCAGUAUUUGAAUCUGGUGCAAUUGCCCUAGUCUGGUUUUCACUCUACUCAAGUAAUUUUGGCACUUUGUUAUCAGUAGGAAAGCAGUUCAUUGAGAAAUGGUAACCAUUCAGUAUGGCACUGUGUAAUAAUAGAAUUGUUGUUCAUAAUACUACAGGACUUAUUGAUAUGCUGUUUUAUUUAUCACUAUAGAUUUUGUGAACAGAUCAGAUAUAUUUCUUUUUGCACUUGAAUGCUAAUUUUGUAGUGGAUUUUAAUAAAUUGGUUUAGAAAAUUGAUUUUUGUUCCAUAAGGUUAUCUGCAUUAUAUCAUUGUCCAUGUCAUUUAUUUUAGAAAUGUUCGUUUAAGUAUCUCAGUCGGAACUUCAUUAGUUCAGUUAGGUUUUUACAUAAUAAAACAUGGUCACACCACAGCAACAAGGGAGUGAAUUUUCCCAAGAUCAGAGACAGAUUUAGUGCCAUGAGGAUAAAGGCUGGUAACCUGUCAUCUUUCUGCCUGUUUGGAUUUACUAAAUGGGUGCCAAUGAGGUCAAAAUCUGUGGGUGAAAUGUGCAGCCAGUUAGGAAGCCAAUAAGAGCUAUUUGACCAGUGCAAUGGCUCUCUUUCCAAUUGAUUAGAUUAGAUUAGAUUCCCUACAGUGUGGAAACAGGCCCUUUGGCCCAACAAGUCCACACCGACCCUUGCAGCAUCCCAACCAGACCCAGACCCAUCCCCCUAUAACCCACACAACCCUGAACUCUACGGGCAAUUUAGCAUGGCCGAUCCACCUAGCCUGCACAUCUUUUGGACUGUGCGAGGAAACCUGAGCACCCGGAGGAAACCCACACAGACACUGGGAGAAUUGCACAUAAGUCUCUGUGUCUCAGAAACUCAACAGUGUGCACAGCAGGCAGUCGUUGAGGGCUCAACCUGCCAUUAUUACAGCACUAUAACUCUGCAUAUUUUGCAGCAAGAUAAACCUGGUGCCAUUCCAUGGAAUUCGGCCUUCUCCCCUCUUCCUUGCUCACCCAGCCCAGUUCAGCUCUCACCCCAUGCAGGCUCCAUGUAUUCCGAAAAGAGCACCUCCAUCUAUACCCUCACAGCUUUCAUGUAAUCUCUAGUGACAGGUCUGUGAAUCAUGAGGCUUCACUUGCAUUUUCUGUAUGUCUUCGUUCACGCGUUGCUUCAGUGAAAUUGCUGUACUGUGUGAUAACAGUAUCUAUUUAAGCAGUCAUUCUGAUUUAGACUCUAACUGUUCUUCCCACUCACUGCUCCCAAUUGCAUGCCAGUACUGGAUGUGCUGUUGUAAUUAGCUAGGCACAUCGAGAUUCAGCAGAAAUGGUCCAUGAUUAUCAGGAUUGGGUUGCUGAUCCAGACUUUAACCCAAAUCUUUGGGACUGUUUCCUACUGACUGAACUUCUAACAAUGUCUGUUUGAACAACAGUUUGAUGAUAGAGAUGUUGAAAAAUGUA